UUUUGUAGCUCGACCUGUUUCGUCUCUAGGUGUUUAUGUAUUUUGUUACUAUUUUUCUGCAAAUGCUUGUGUUUCUGUACAUCAUCAACAUUUAAAUCCCAAUGGCGCAUUUUAAAUGUUUAUUAAUGAAACCUGAGAUCCGUAAAUUCGAAGAACUACCCAAAUUCAAGCUAACGGUCUUGGGGCUCCCUUCUUUAAUCAUUGCGUUUUUUCUCUAAAACCAUGGCCGAAGACCCGUCUUUCCUCCCCAAGGAUAGUUUUGUCUUGAAGCUUCCUAAAAAGUCCUCACUUGUAUUGAGAAUGGUCGUUCUCCUCUUUGUAAUGGUAUGUGCUGUGUACAUUUGCUCGAUUUGUCUUAAACAAAUUGGAGUCAGCCCAAACUAUGGUUUCUUGAACGUUGAAGUGUUUGAGAGGCCUUGUCCUGAGCCUAACAUUGAACCGUGGGACAUUCCAUUUGUGCAUUAUCCUAAACCAAAGACAUAUAACAGGGAUGAAUGUUCUUGCCACCCGGUUAGGUACUUUGCGAUUCUCUCGAUGCAGAGAUCUGGUAGUGGCUGGUUCGAGACUUUACUUAACAAUCAUACUAAUAUAAGUUCCAAUGGAGAGAUAUUUUCUGUCAAAGAUAGGAGGGCUAAUGUUUCCACCAUUUUUGAGACUCUUGAUAAAGUCUAUAAUCUAGACUGGUUGAGUAGUGCCUCUAAGAACGAGUGCACUUCUGCUGUUGGCUUCAAGUGGAUGCUUAAUCAGGGUCUAAUGAAACAUCAUGAGGAAAUAGUAGAAUACUUCAAAACCCGAGGAGUCUCUGCAAUUUUCCUAUUCAGGAAAAACCUAUUGCGCCGCAUGAUAUCAGUACUCGCAAACUCUUAUGACAGAGAUGCUAAGCUACUAAACGGGACUCACAAGUCUCACACCCAUUCGGCCAAAGAAGCUGAGAUAUUGGCGGGUUACAAGCCAAUGAUCAACACAACACUUUUGAUAAAUGAGCUGAAGCAGAUUCAAGAAAUGACUUCAAAAGCAUUGGCUUACUUUAAUACCACUAGACAUAUCCUUGUCUACUACGAAGAUGUUGUCAAGAACCUCACGAGACUAGACGAUGUACAGGAGUUUCUAAAGGUCCCAAAGCGUAAGUUGAAGAGUCGGCAAGUGAAGAUUCAUGGAGGUUCAUUGUCACAACAUGUACAGAAUUGGGAAGAGGUCCAGACUACACUAAAAGGAACCAAUUUCGAAAAUUUCUUACUCCAAGAAUACCGCAAAUGAUUUUUGAGUUUUGUAUAGUAUAUAUCAAGACCAACCUUGUAGGAUAUUUUUUUUGUUUCUCAUUCUAAUUUGAUUCAGUUUAAUCA